UUUUAAUCCUCAAGACAGGUCUGUGAGACCCGGUGAGCCUUAUGGGAGAUUCUGCAGAGGACACCGGUGCUCAGGGAGCCCAUGUCCAGUCACACAGACUUGGACUCAAGCAGUUACUGGCUGGCCGGUAAGGACGGGACCGGCACAUCACGCUUCCCAUUCUUAAAGUCACCUUUGGAGGCCGGCCGAGCAGGAUCCCAGGCUCUUGUCCCGCGGCCGCAGGGCCCCCAGAGCAUGGCCACGAGCCACUUCCAGGCCGUCCUGAGCCGGGUGCGCGUGCUGCUGUCCAGCCCCGGGCCGGGCCGGGUGCGGGCCCUGCUGGACCACCUGCUGGAGGAGCAGCUGCUGUCCCGGGAGUACCACCGCGCCCUGCUGCAUGAGCCGGACGGCGAGGCGCUGGCCAGGAAGAUCGCCCUGACCCUGCUGGACCGGGCCGACCCAGACCUGGUCCUCCUGGGCUGGCUGUGGACCGAGCUGCAGGCCCCGGUGCUAGAAUGGGAGCCCGACGACGAGCCCUGCCCCGGCAGUGCACAGUGCUCCAUCAUGGAGCCUGCGCCCCUGGAGAGAGGCUACCUGGGCCUCCUCACAGGCAGCGCCGACCUGUGGCCACUCUCCUGCCUCUGUGAUCCCCUGGAGCUGGCCCUUGAGGACGACCUCUGUUCAGAGUCCGACCUGGACACCAUCAACUGCGAGCAACUCAGCAGUUUGCUGUGUGACAUGGAACACGAUGAGGAGAACCCUGAAGCCUACGCCAACAUCGCGGGACUGGACCAGUACGUAUUUGAGGACCUGCAGCUGGAGGGGCCAAGCAGAGACAGUCUCAGACUGGAGGAAAUAAUCAGAGAGAGCAUGGAGGCGCCAGAGGAUUCGGGGUGGAGAAGUCAGAAGAGAUCCUUCCCCGAGGAGCCACCCGAGGACCCCAAGCACAGGAAGCUGGCCGAGGCCCCUGCUGUGCCCGUGGUGACCGGCACUUUCCUGAUGGGGCCAGUCACAGAUGCCUGGACUCAGCCCUGCCCAUCCCCGCCGGGCAUGCUGUCCCCGGAGCCCACAGCCAGCCAGACCACCCUGGGGGCAGCAAUGCCGGCAGAUGUGCCCGCCCCAAGUGCCGUGCUGGGCUGCCUGAGUCUGCCCUCGGGGCCCGUCCAGAGCCUCGGCGCCCUGCCCCAGGGGCUCUGGCUCAUCUCUGCGGGGCCCGACACCAGCAGCAUUGUCAUCUGCCAGGGUGAGACUCCGCAGGCCGGCCCCAUGCCCCCUGCCGGCAGCCCCGCUGUGCACGGCCUCUUGACGUCCCCGAGGUCCCCGGACCGGCAGGGCUCUACCAGCCCCUUUGCCCCGUCCGCAGCUGACCUCCCUGCCCUGCCGGAGCCGGCCCUGACCUCCCGGGCAGACACAGCAGAAGACGCCACGUCCCCCACCCAGGACCCGCGGGCUCCUGAGGGCUCUAGCAAGCUUCCCAAGUGGCCUGAGAGUGUGGAGCGGUUCUGCCAGGCACUGAAGGCACAGUACCAGGCAGAGCCUGAAGGCCCGGAGGCCACCCAGUUGGAGGUGCCCCUGCUGAAGGCGCGGCUGGAGAGGGUCAGCAGCAAGAGCCAGGAGCGGGAGCUGGCCACCUCGGCCUGGGCGGAACGGCAGCUGGCCCCCGGCGGCCUGGCCGAGGUGCUGGCCGCUGACUGGCACCCGAGGGUGCUGGGCGUGCUGGGCGGGCCGGGCCAGGGCAAGAGCCACUGCCUGCGGGCGCUGAGCCGAGCCUGGGCCCUCGGCCGGCUGCCCCACUUCGACUUCGUCUUCCGACUGCCGUGCCGCCACCUGGACCCGCAAGGGGGGCCCCACGACCUGCGGGACCUUCUGGGCCUCGCCAGCCAGGGGCCGCUGGACGCCGAAGUCUUCCGCCACGUGGCACGCAGGCCGCAGCGCGUGCUGCUGCUGCUGGACGGCCUGGAGGAGCUGGAGGGCCCGGAGGGUCCGCCACACGCGUCCGGCCCCUCGCCCUCCGAGGUCCGUGCGCCCACGGGGCUGCUGGUCGGCCUCCUCCAGCGCAGGCUGCUGCCCGGCUGCUCGCUGCUGCUGACCGCACGGCCCAGGGCCCGCCUGGUGCCCUGCCUCAGUAAGACUGACGGCUUGUGGGAGCUGGCGGGCUUCUCCACGGAGCAGGCCACCGCCUUUGUGGAGCGGUAUUUCCAGGGUGCGGGCCGGCCCGAGGACGGGGAGCGUGCGGGCGCGCUGCUGCGGGCCCAGCCCUUCCUGCUGGCCCACUGCCACCGUCCCGCCGUGUGCCAGGCGUUGUGCCAGCUGCUUCGGGCCCACCGAGAGCCGGGGCGCGAGGCUGAGCUUCCCGGCACCCUCACCGCACUCUAUGUGGGCCUGCUGGGCCCAGCCGUCCAGGACGCUCCCGCCGGGGCCCUGGUCGAGCUGGCCAGGCUGGCCUGGGAGCUGGGCCGUGGGCACCGGGGCAGCCUGCGUGAGGACCGGCUGUCGGCCGAUUCGAGGGUGUGGGCGCUGGCCGCGGGCUUGCUGCAGCCCGCCGAGGGCCCCCCGGAAACCGGCGCCCAGCUGGCCUUCCCCGGCCUCCUGCUGCAGUGCUUCCUGGCGGCCACCUGGCUGGCCCUGAGCACCGAGGUCCGGGACAAGGAGCUGCCACAGUACUUGGCCCUGACGCCCAGGAAGAAGCGGCCCUAUGACAACUGGCUGGAGGCCGUGCCCCGCUUCCUGGCCGGGCUGACCUUCCAGCCCCCGGCUCGCGGCCUGGGCGCCCUGGCGGGGCAGGUGCCCGCCUCCCUGAGGGUGCGGAAGCAGAGGGUGCUCUCACGUUACCUGAGGCGGCUGCAGCCAGGCAGCCUGCAGCCGAGGCGGCUGGUGGAGCUGCUGCACUGCGCCCACGAGGCGGGGGACACGGGCCUCUGGCAGCAUGUGGUGCGGGGACUGCCCGCCCGCCUCUCCUUCCUGGGCACCCGCCUGCUGCCCGCCGACGUGCACCUGCUGGGCCGUGCCCUGGAGACAGCCGAGCGGGACUUCUCCCUGGACCUGCGCAACACCAGCGUGGGGCCGCCUGGCCUGGCCGAUCUUGUGGGGCUCAGCUGCGUCACCCAGUUCAGGGCCUCUGUGAGGGACAUGCUGGGGCUCUGGGAGUCUCUGCAGCAGCGCGGGGAGGCCAGGCUGCUGCGGGCGGCUGAAGAGAAGUUCACCAUCGAGCCCUUCCAGGCCCAGUCCCCGAAGGACGUGGAGGACCUGGGCCACCUGGUGCAGAGGGCGAGGACAGCCAGGGAGCUUCCUGCCGUGAGGGACCUGAGGAAGCUGGAGUUUGCGCUGGGGCCUGCCUGUGGUCCCACAGCUUUCCCCGGCCUGGUGCAGCUCCUCGAGGCCUUCUCCUCCCUGCAGCACCUGGACCUGGAUUCACUGAGUGAGAACAAGGUCGGGGACAAGGGGGUGGCGCUGCUGGCAGCAACCUUCCCCAGGCUGAAGGCCCUGCAGACGCUCAACCUGUCCCAGAACAGCAUCUCAGACACUGGCGCCUGCAAGCUGGCUGCUGCCCUGCCGUCCCUGGCUGCCUCCCUUGUCCGGUUGAGCUUGUACAACAACUACAUCUGUGACGAGGGGGCCCAGAGGCUGGCGCUCGUGCUUCCAGACAUGACAGCCCUGCGGGUGCUGGACGUCCAGUACAACAAGUUCACGGCUGCUGGGGCCCAGCAGCUGGCCGCAGGCCUGAAGAAGAGCCCACACCUGGAGACCUUGGCGAUGUGGACGCCCACCAUCCCCUUUGGUGUCCAGGAGCACCUGCAGCAGCUAGACUCAAGGAUCAGCCUGAGAUGACCCCACAGCCUCCUGACCUGUCACCUGGCCUCCCCCAGUGCCCUCCCCAAGGACACUGCGUGCUUGGACCUGGAACCAGCCACUCGCAGACUCUUCAUGCCACACCACAGGAGCCCGGCACCAGGCUCAGCCCGCGGUCUCAGGGCAGCCCCUGCAGGGUGCACGGACCCACGGCCCACCAGAGGACAGACCCCAGCCCCUCAGAUGUGAGGGCCUGUGGAGGCUGUGGUUUCCCAGAGCCCUGAGGGGCCCAGACAGGACACUCGAGACCAGGGAGCCACACCAGAGGACAGGAGGGCUGCCCACCUCAUCAUCUUCUCUCUGGGCAGCCUGGGGUUGCCUGUGCCUCCCCCAUGACACAGGCUGGGCAGAUCCGCCCCAAGGCCCCAUGGACACAGGCUGGGCAGGGCCGCCCCAAGGCCCCGUGGACACAGGCUGGACAGGGCCGCCCCAAGCUCCUGUGGACAUGGUUCUGUGGGACACAGAGCCCGCCCCAAGGUCCACAAUCCUGGGCUUGCUGUUUUGCACUGACUGGUUUGCUGAGGCCAGAGCUGGACCUGACUGAGCGGGAGAUCCACCGGGGGAGCGGGGCAGGCUGGGGAGAGGGGCCCCUGG